UGUGAGCUCAGUCAGUCACCUCCCUAUCUGCUCCACUGCACAGGCUGUUUCUCUCUCUCUGCCUUUAAGUCCUACGUUUUGGUGGCUGCAUGUUCUGUUCUGUGGAAUCUGCAACUCCUGCGGAUUGUUAGUUUUCUUGUUGGAUAUUUAGGCAGCACUCCUCUGCCUGCCCGCCUGUGGCUCCUGAUGUGUGUUGGGCAGGCACCGAUUGAUGGACGUCCUGUCACCGAGCACCUGCUGCUGGCUUUAGUACUUGGUCUUACAGUAUUACCAUACGUGAACUCAAAUGGGAAUUCAACAGCCGAACCAGAAACCAAAAGUAUACAUUGUCCUGAGUAUACCGAGAACUGCACAGAGAUUUCACCUUCAAAAUGGAAAAGUCAUUUUUCCCGAUGUCCGAAGACAUACCGACAUUACUGUGUUAAAGGAAAAUGCCGUUAUGUCACCUCCGAGAAAACACCAGCUUGUAUAUGUGAAUCAGGUUAUACUGGAUCAAGAUGCGAAUACCUAGAUUUAUUUUACUUGAAAGGAGACAGAGGACAAAUGGUUGUAAUUGGACUGAUAGCUGCUAUGGUGACACUCAUUAUACUGGUUAUUUGCAUAUGCAUCUGUUCUCACCACUGCAGAAAAGUACACAGACGAAAAAUGAAAGCUAAGGAAAUUGGCAAUAUUGAUAAUGAAUGUACAGUAAGAAUGGAAGAAACCCAUUUAGCCUAAAGGUUAUGAUGAAGUUACCUGCGGGCAGGUUAAAUGCUGCUGUUACAGAAAAGGAUAAGCUCACUUUCCAGUAGACGUGGAGAAGUAUACUGAUGUUUCAGACUGCAAUAUUUAAAGAAUUGAACAAGAAUUGCAGCUUUUAGGCCUAAAUAGAUUGGCUUAAAAAAUAACCAAGUUUGAGAUUUCUACCGGUUUGGAUAUUUUUCUUGUAAAUUGCAAUUAUUUUCCUAUGUCAAUUAUUUUUAUUGAGAAAUGCUUGAACAUGAUACAUGAAGAAAAUACAAAAAUGUCAUACAGCCCAACCAUAUCAUCCCAUGAUUAACAGAAACCCUUAACAAAAAUGAUGAACCAGGUGAUCAACAUCACAGUUUUACAAUGUUUUGCAGUCUACAUUUUUAAAUAAACCCCAGUCACGUGUUUGCUGACUUCUGAAUUAACAAUAGUUUUGCCAUUGAUUAAAAAAGUACAUUAAUCAAUAGAACAUAGAAUAGUGUACUGAAGAUAUAUUUAAAUGCAGAAAAUGGGCAAUGUUUGAAAAGGGAAGUGUUCAUAAUGGAAAUCAAUAGUUUUGGCUGGAACUCUUUAUUUGUUUCCAUUGUAAUUUCUACACUGUUAUUACAUUGCUUGUUUUGUGUGACUCAUUUAUAAAUA